AUGCCAAACUGGAGAGAAGAAUACCUCACGUCCCUCAAGGGAUCUGGGAUGAACCACCCAGUCAAUAUGGAGCUGGUACAGACAUGCUCGCAGAUGGCAGACAGGAUAUCGGCAUUGGAAGCCGAGCGGUCAUCAUUAGAAGCGCAACUAGCACCGCCCAAGCCACCACCAUCAGGCAGCAAAAAGCCAGCCCAAGACGCUUCGCCGUCCAGCAACGACGCAGGCACGGCGCAGCUGCGGCACGACCUGGCCGAGGCGCUGCGCUCCAAGGGCACGACGGAGGCGCGUCUGCGCGCCGCCGAGGAGGAGCUCACCAAGCUGCGCUCCAGGGGCAAGGAAGACGCGCGGUCCGUCCGCGAUCUCACGGCCGACAGGGCGACGCUGACCACGCGGCUCAAGGACCGCGAGUACGAGCUGCGUGAGAAGCGCAAGCUUCUCGAGCAAGUACAAGACGAGAUGAUUACGCUCAAUCUCCAGGUCUCCAUUGCGGAAAAGGAGAGAGACAAGGUCAAAAAGGAAAACAAAGAGCUCGUCGACCGCUGGAUGAAGCGCAUGGCGCAAGAAGCCGACGCCAUGAACCUUGCAAAUGAGCCAAGCCCACGAUGA